AUGGGUCUGAGCUUCUUCAAAUUAAGCCGUGUCAUUGCUCUGUUUGUUGCUGGUGCUUCUCGCGUCUUCCUGACAUGCUUUGGAGUUCAUUACUGGUAUCUUGGACACUUUAUAAGUUAUGCUGUUGUGGGGUCCGUCUUACUUGGUGCAGCCGUGACUUACCACCUGUUAGUCACAAACCCUUUAGCAGCAAGAAGAGACGCCUUACAAAGAACUAUGAUUCGCCUCAGAGAAGGGACUUCUCUGUUGUCAUGUCCGUCUGUUAUCGGCGAGGUUCCGGUGGUCAUUCUUAGAUGCAUUAUUCGUGAUGAGGCUACAUUGGCUGUUGCUCAGAAGGUCUUCAAAGGCUUGUAUGAAAAUGCAGCAAACACAGCUCAUGUUGGUGCUCAUCUUGCCAUGUUAGCUUCAAUCUGUGAUGCUAGAAAGCUUGUGGUAUUCUUGAAAGCCAGAACAGGUGUUGUUGUUUCCAAUGAGGAAAUAUUGGGAUUUGCAAAGUUAUUCAAUGAUGAACUUACACUUGAUAAUAAUAGCAGGCCUCGUUUAGUGCAUAUGUGCAAGCAUAUAGGAAUCCAACCCUAUGCAACGGUUGACUUCAGAGGAGAACUACUAGUAGGACCCUCAAGGAAUCCAACCCUAUCAAAUGAUGUCUCUGGCAGUGAGGAAACAGAUGACCUGGAAUUCACCACUGCAGAUUAUUAUCGCAUCUUGGCUACUAAAAAAGAAGGUGGGUGUAAUACCCCUAUGUAUUUUCGAGUAGACAAUUGCACCACAAAGUUGAAAAUCAUCAGGGUCCAUGCUAGAGUGUUACGAGUGUUAGGAACCAAAUCUGUCCCAUUGACUUUCAUGACACCCUUAGCCUACAAAGUUGUAUUUUGGAUUGUUGAUUUGUUAUUUAUCAACUACCAUGAAUGA